AGCACUCUCUCCUCGGGCGCACGGAGCAAGAAAGGCUCGUCGUUUCUUUCGAGGCAAAAGCAUAGAAAGAGAGGGGGCCACUGAGAUUUGAUUGGCCGAGGAAGGCAGAGCCAAAAACACUGUGGCCAGGAAACGGCUCGAAUUUCGGGGGACGUAAGGAGGAGAAAAAAUCUAGUAAACCUGACAAAGCGUCUGAGAACAGUACUAGGAUUGUCUGGGAAGAAGACGCUCUGCCGCGAGGGAUCAUAUAUGGAUGGAUUCUAUGUUUUUGGAGAGUUUAUGUUCUUUUUUGACCCAUUAGUUCAUCAUAAAUUGCAGACCUUUCGUUUGGAUGAAGAGUGCGCUCGCUCUGGUACACUGACAUUUGAGUUGACUAGCAACUUGGUGAAGAAGUUUCAGGGACGUAGCUAUGUUUUUCUAGUUAUUUUUCAAGGAUAUGGAUUUAAAUUCGGAUUUUUUAAAGUGCCAUGGAAAUGACUUCGUGAUUUAAUAAUACAUUUUCAGUGAUUUUCUUUUGUUGCUCGUCCAAUUUGGGGAAAGUAAAAAAAUCGCUGCUUGGCAUUUUUGGUGCAGUGGGGUGAAUUUGCUCCAUCGGGACUAGGCUACACAUUCCUCUCGAUUCGGCACAGGCACUCGCCUCCUGCCUUGUCCAUGCAUGCGAAUCGGAGUUCUUCCAGACUUUAGGUAGUUAUUCGUUCCUUUCCUCAGCCCAGGUGAUUGGGGGAAUUCACAGUGAGUGACAGGCCAGGCAGCCUGCAGUUGAUGGUUGGGUGGAGCCCCUCAGAUGGGAUCAGUGUCCAGGGGGAGGCAGAGCCUGAGGAGGGGGGGAUGGGGGACGGACUCACCCUCCACUAACGGGAUGGCCUCGUGGGCCUGGCUGCUCGCCACCAUCCUGCUGUCCCUAGCAACGGCUACUUUGGCAAGGCCGCCGUACACUGCCGCCGAGGAAGAGGAGGCUACGCUAGAACCUGAAGAGCCUCCGACCAAAUACCAAAUCUCUAAGCCCACCGUGUGCUCGGUGCACCCGGGGGAACUGCUGAAGCUCAGCUGCCUUCUGGCUGGGGAGCCCGGGGCCAUCACCUGGACUAAGGAUGGUUCCACUCUGGGGGCCAACAACCGCACCCUGAUAGAACAGGAGGUUCUGCAGAUCCGCGACGCCACACCCAAGGACUCUGGGCUGUACGCGUGCAGUACUGUGGGCCCUCAGGGCAGCGACACGCUCUGCUUCAUAGUGAACGUCACAGAUGCCAUCUCGUCUGGGGACGAUGAGGACGACACAGAGCGAUCGGAGGAUGUGGGGGCGGACGGAGAGCAGAUAAGGGCGCCCUAUUGGACGAUGUUGGAGAAGAUGGAGAAGAGGCUGCACGCGGUGCCUGCUGCCAACACAGUCAAGUUCCGCUGUGCUGCCGGGGGCAACCCACGUCCUAAGAUGCGCUGGCUGAAGAACAGCCGACCAUUCCGACAGGAGGACCGCAUGGGCGGGUAUAAGGUGCGUCACCAGCACUGGACCCUGAUUAUGGAGAGUGUGGUGCCGUCAGACAAGGGCAACUACACUUGCCUGGUGGAGAACGCAUACGGCGCCAUCAAUCACACCUACACCCUGGAUGUAGUGGAACGGUCCCCCCAUCGGCCCAUUCUCCAAGCAGGGCUGCCAGCCAACACCAGUGUGCAAGUGGGGGAAGACGCACGCUUCGUGUGUAAGGUGUACAGCGACGCUCAGCCCCACAUUCAGUGGCUGCAGCACAUCCAGAAGAAUGGUAGUCGCACUGGCCCAGACGGACACUCCUACGUCCGCGUCCUAAAGACCGCAGGUGUUAACACCACGGACAAGGAGAUUGAAGUCCUCUACCUCCCCAAUGUCACUUACGAGGAUGCUGGGGAGUAUACGUGCUUGGCGGGCAAUUCUAUUGGGAUCUCCUAUCACACUGCUUGGUUGACGGUGCUUCCAGCCAGUAACGACGAGAUGGUGACGGGUCUGAUGUCACCUGACUACGUGGAGAUAGCCAUCUACUGCAUCGGGGUGUUCUUGAUCGCCUGUAUGGUGGUCAUCGUGGUGGUGUGCCGGAUGAGGAAUACGGCUAAGAAGCCUGACUUUGGGAACCAGCCAGCGGUCCACAAACUCAGCAAGCAGAUACCUCUGCGCCGCCAGGUAACAGUGUCAAAUGACUCCAGCUCCUCGAUGAACUCCAGCACUCCGUUGGUCCGCAUCACCACACGACGUAGCUCGGCUGGCCACGACGACCCCAUCCCAGAGUAUGACCUCCCUGAGGACCCACGCUGGGAGUUCUCCAGAGACAGGUUGACUCUGGGCAAGCCGUUGGGCGAGGGCUGCUUUGGCCAGGUGGUGAUGGCUGAAGCGUUAGGCAUCGAUAAGGACAAGCCGAAGGAGGCCAUCACAGUGGCCGUGAAGAUGCUGAAAGACGAUGCUACAGAGAAAGACCUGUCUGACCUUGUGUCAGAGAUGGAGAUGAUGAAGAUGAUUGGGAAACACAAGAACAUCAUCAACCUACUAGGGGCCUGUACACAAGAUGGCCCUCUGUAUGUGAUAGUGGAGUAUGCCUCUAAAGGGAACCUGAGGGAGUACCUACGUGCCCGCAGGCCCCCUGGCAUGGAGUAUUCCUACGAUAUUAACCGCUGCUCAGACGAACAGCUCGCCUUCAAGGACCUGGUCUCCUGUACCUACCAGGUGGCACGGGGCAUGGAAUAUCUCGCCUCGCAGAAGUGUAUACAUAGAGAUCUAGCAGCGAGGAAUGUCCUGGUCACAGAAAGCAACUUUAUGAAGAUUGCAGACUUUGGCCUGGCCAGAGACGUCCACAACAUUGAUUACUAUAAAAAGACAACUAACGGUCGUCUCCCGGUGAAGUGGAUGGCUCCUGAGGCUCUCUUCGACCGUGUGUACACUCACCAGAGCGAUGUCUGGUCAUUUGGGGUGCUAAUGUGGGAGAUCUUCACCCUGGGGGGUUCUCCGUACCCCGGCAUCCCCGUAGAAGAGCUCUUCAAGCUGCUGAAAGAGGGCCAUCGCAUGGACAAGCCUGGCAACUGCACCAACGAGCUGUACAUGAUGAUGAAAGACUGUUGGCAUGCCAUUUCCUCCCAUCGACCCACCUUCAAGCAGUUGGUGGAGGAUCUAGACCGUAUCCUGACCCUGGUCACCAAUGAGGAGUAUCUGGACCUGUGUGCCACAGCGGAGCAGUAUUCUCCCAGUUUCCAGGACACACGCAGUUCCUGUUCCUCCGGUGACGACUCUGUUUUCUCCCAUGAUCCCUUACCAGAAGAGCCCUGCCUCUCAAAGUACCAGCACAUCAAUGGGGCCGUCAAAACAUGAGGCCUCCCCUCCUCAAUCCCUCCAUCGAGCCUGACCUGCCCCUCCCCCUUACACCCCCCCCUUCCCCCAAGGAGACACUUCCAGAGAAACUGAGAUAUACCCCCACAACUAACCCCCUCAAACCACAAACCUCCUGUCCCCCCAACCCCCCUCUGGCUCCCAAUGGACUUUAUUUUUUAUUUUUUUAUUUCACCUUCAUUCAACCAGGUAGGCCAGUUGAGAACAAGUUCUCAUUUACAACUCGCCUCGGAAUAAUGGUUUGUGGCCAAGAUGAAGCAAAGCAGUGCGACAAAAACAAACAACACAGAGUUACACAUAAACAAACGUACAGUCAAUAACACAGUAGAAAAAAAAUCUAUGUACAGUGUGUGCAAAGACAGAGUUUGCAAAGGACUAACGGACUGGAUGAGACUGGGCCGGUGGCAGCGCUGCUGUUAGAACUGAACACAUUCACCCACGUUUAUACCCAUGUUCAAGGUCUUAAGGAGAGGACAGGGACCCCCUUUCUUGCCGUUUUGUUACUUGUUCGGUUGUCUUCCACAAGAGUUUGGAAUUUACAACUUGUGCCUUCCAUGAUUCCAUUCCGCUGACUGCCAUUCUAAGACUUUAGUUUGUGCCCAGAGGGAAAAUAUGGACCUUAAUGAACUGAAAAAACAAGGAACUCAAAAAGAGGACAGCAAAAUAGGAAGGGGAGUGAAAGAAGGUAUCAACUAACAAAAACGGUUAAAUAGGAGAAGAGCGCUUACAGACACAGCCUCUUGUUUAUAUUUUGUAAUAUUGUCUUGUUUCUUUUUUAUCUUCUCUUGAUAAUCCCACACACAUAUUAUUAUUAUGGCGAAAAAAUAAUGCAUAAAUAUAGUGCUGAGUAAAAUUGUAAAUAUAUUCAAAUAUGUAUAAAUAUAUAAAUAGUAUAUAUUUACAGUUAAUUAUUUUUUGUAUGGACUCCAGAAUAAUUCCCCCCCUCUCCCGUCCUCCCUCUUUGGGUUUGAGACAGGUGUGUCAUCACCCAGGUUAUGUUUCUGUUCUCUUGUGUUCUUUUAAAGACACAAACACAAGCAUGCACACGUACACACACACACACACACACAAACACCUGUCUCGCUCUCACUCAAUGACACAGAGGAGUAUUAUUGGCUUUCAGGGAAAGAGAUAGCAUGUUAAUUUAUUUACUUUUUUUUAUGAAAUCAAAAUGUUGAAAAAAGAACAAAAAUAGUAAGAAAGAAUUAAUGCUAUUAAUGAUGCUGAUAACAAAGAAUAAAUAAUUCAUUAUUUU